AUGAGGAACAACAAGGAGGAAAAAGAAAGUUUCAGAACAAUCCUUCACACACCCAUCACGAAGGAACGACAGGUGCUGUUCAUAGGACACAAAGAGCUGUGCGAAAUGAAGUCCGCUUCGGUUACCACAGAUGGGGAACUGGUGGAGGAUUCGCUUGAUGUCUCAAGUGAGUUCGAUGAUCGCUUCACUAACUCAACAGCAGGCAAGGACGGACGAGAUGUUAAAGGAACUCCUGAAACGGAUCCCGGCGAAUGCGUGUUCAAAUACUACGACGUACCUGAUCGCCUCCAAGUUGACGUGUGGAAAACAAUCAAGGAAGCUCUCAACAGCAGGACAGAUCACUCACUGAGUUACAUGGCAUUAUGGAGGUUUCUCAAGAGGUUCGAGCACAAAUCCCCCGUUAUAAGUGCACCUCGCUAUAGGCAUGGUUUGUACAGCAAUAUUCGUGCUGAUUCCGCACAACCCUCUAGUCGGUAUCUUUUUUCAGAACAUCAUGCCGAAAUUAUAUCGGAAAUCAACCGCUGCUGUCGGAAUAACAGCUCUUCAACUUCAACGGAAGUAGUAAGCCGGCUUAAGACCAGGGGUAUCUUUGUGAGCUGUGCCACCGUUAGGAGGAUUCGAAAUCACCUCGGUUUCAAGAAAGCCACCACAAAAUACUGCCAUGCAAUAAGGGAUUAA